AUGCGACCGCGUCAAGGAGGCGCCUUCUCGUUCAAGGCUAACGCUUUGGCGCCACAGAUUUAUUAUCGAAUAUCGCCGAAUGUCACCAACUUCUCGCAUCGUCUUUUGCCGCUCAGGGUCCAACUUGAUGCACUGCGUGAUGCCUGUCCAGAAAACCCGGUUUUCAUUCAUCUAUUCAGCAAUGGUGGGGUUCAUAAGUGUGCCCAUCUUUUGCGUGCAUACAAGGAGACUACCGGCGAGGCGUUACCGGUGUCUUCGAUGCUGUUGGACAGUGCUCCUGGAGUCGCAACAGCUGAGUCAGGCAUGAAAGCUUUAUCUUUCCAGCUGCCAGAGAACCCGAUCCUACGACUGUUUGGCAAAGCCGCACUAUGGCUUUUUCUGAAUGGAAUCCAGAUAAUCGCUACCUUGGCUCGCAUCCCUAAUCCCAUGGACGUUGCGCGGGCCAUGAUAAAUGACAGGUCCCUUUUCAAGCCCUCGGCUAAGAAGGGGUUGAUUCGUUGCUACAUCUACUCUGAUAACGACACCAUUGUCAAGCCUCAUGAAGUAGAAGAGCACAUCAAGGACUCUGAGGCUGCGGGCAUUGUUGUUAGAAAGGAGAAAUUCCACGACACCCCGCAUAUAACUCAUAUGAUUAUGGACCCCGACCGAUACUGGGGCAUUGUGUAA